AUGACGGCUGCGGAUGGCCUCCCUAAUAAUUGCCGUCUCGUUGUUAAAGACUGUUUGAGUAACUUAAGAUUCCUUAUAGAUAUAGGGACAGAUAAUUCGGCGUUGCCGCACAGAUCGGCAAAAAGAGAGUCUACCCCUUCGGAUUUUAAAAUAUAUGCGGCUAAUGGCACGGUCAUCCAGACUUAUGGGACGACCAGAUUGGUAUUGAAUCUAGGUUUACGACGCCCAUUUUUAUGGGAGUUCAUCGUAGCAAACAUUCAGCAACCUAUCAUCGGCGCAGAUUUUUUGCGCAAACACGGUCUUCUGGUGGAUCUUAGAAAUAGAAAGCUCAUUGACGGUCUGACGAAACUGCAUACGGUAGGACAGGUUAGUACUAUUCCUCAACUCUCUCUUACCACAAUUGACAAUAAUAAUCCGUAUCAAGAUCUCCUUAGACAAUUCAUUCACGUUACACGGACGAUACAGUGCCACACAGAGCCAAAGCACAAAGUUCGACACCACAUCAUUACAAAAGAUGCGCCUUGUGCAGAGAGGGCACGUAGAUUACCUACAGAAAAAUUCAAGGCAGCGCAGGCGGAAAUCAACCACCUUAUAGCGCAGGGAAUUUGCAUUCUUUCUAGUAGUUCGUGGGUCAGCCCUCUGCACAUGGUGCCCAAAAAGAACGGUGGGUGA